CGGGUUGUCGACUGACAACCUCAGCCGUGUCAGUGUCUGUCACUCUGUCAGAGCUCGGCGCGCGGAUCUAGGGGCGGGGGCCGUGCCGACUGUCGACGCCGCGAUGCCGAUCUGCUCGCCGUCGUCCGACUCCUCCUCGUCGUCGGGCUCGGGUUCCCGCGCGUGGGUACUCCACGGGCUAGUGCUCGGCGCGGCGGCCGCGGCCGCUGCCGCGGCGUACCUGUACCGGCGACCGAGCGGGUUCCGCAGCCGCGCCGUGGGGAUCAUACCCGCGCGCUUCGCCUCCACGCGCUUCGAGGGCAAGCCGCUCGUUCACAUCCUCGGCAAGCCCAUGAUACAGAGAACAUGGGAAAGAGUGAUGCUAGCUUCUUCUUUGGACCAUGUUGUUGUGGCAACGGAUGAUGAGAGAAUUGCAGAAUGCUGUCGAGGAUUUGGAGCUGAUGUUAUAAUGACAUCAGAAUCUUGCAAAAAUGGAUCUGAACGCUGUUGUGAGGCACUAAAGAAGCUUGAAAAACGUUAUGACAUUGUCGUCAAUAUUCAAGGAGAUGAGCCUCUUAUUGAACCGGAGAUAAUAGAUGGUGUAGUUAUGGCACUGCAGCGAGCUCCUGAUGCAGUCUUCAGCACUGCUGUUACUUCACUGAAGCCAGAAGAUGCAUUCGAUACAAAUAGAGUGAAGUGUGUCGUGGAUAAUCAGGGCUACGCUAUAUACUUUUCAAGAGGGCUGAUUCCAUUCAAUAAAUCAGGGAACGUCAAUCCAAAAUACCUGUAUCUUCUUCAUCUUGGAAUCUCGGGUUUUGAUUCAAAGUUUUUGAAGAUCUAUCCAGAACUUCCACCAACACCGUUACAAAUGGAAGAGGACCUAGAGCAACUGAAAGUACUUGAAAACAGCUAUAGGAUGAAGGUGAUCAAAGUGGACCACGAUGCCCAUGGUGUAGAUGCUCCUGAGGAUGUUGAGAAAAUCGAAGCACUGAUGCGAGCGAGAAACAUUCAGUAGAAAAUGAAGAGAAAGUAAGUGCUUUGCACCGUUAUCGGCAUAGGCUUGGUGGGAGACUUUUGGUAUCCCAUUUUCCGAAUAGCAUGAUACCGUGAAGCUGCUGCAUCACUUCUUGAAGUUUGUGCUUCCUAAAUUUUCAGUGGUUGAAUCUGUCACUUGCAUUACUCCUCAAUCAGCAGUUUUGUAUCUGUACUUCAGGAGUUAGUAGCAUUACUUUCAGUCUCAUGCACAGUGAAAACAAAUCGUUCUGUAGAGAAGCAAUUGGGCAAUAUAACAAAAGGGUAAAGACCCAUCCAUGC